GAAUCUCUCUCUCUCUCUCUCUCUCUCUCUCUCUCCUUCGAUUCACCAUGGCGAGCAACGGAGUUACGGUGGAGAAUGUCUCUGGCGAAAUCCCCAAGAAAAUCGUUGACCUCAACGUUGCGGAGCCAGAUGAGAUUCUCGACGGAGAAGUGAAGGAAUCCACUGAAGUUUCUGGUGAGAAGAAGGACGAAUCCGACUCCAAGUCGGCUGGGGAUGUAUCUCCGGUGGAUGAUGUUCAGAAGAAGAUUCGACGUGCGGAGAGGUUUGGUGUUUCAGUGAAGCUAACCGAAGAGGAGAAGCGCAAUUCUCGCGCUGAGAGGUUUGGGACUGUAGCAGCGGUGAAGAAGGACUCACAGGGAACGAAGAAAGCUGAGGACUUGAAGCGAAAAGCCAGAGCUGACAGAUUUGGGGUUCCUGCUAAAGUUGAUAACACUGAGGAAGAGGCUAAGAAGAAAGUUAGGCUUGCUCGCUUUGGGAAAGGUACUAAAGUUGAUUCUGCUGAAGAUGAUAAACGCAAAGCUAGGGCGCUUAGGUUUUCAAAACCUGCUUCUGAGGCAUCUUCUGAUUUACCUGGGAAGCUAGAUAUUAGCAAGGAGGCAGCUGUUUCUGGAAACGCUGCCUAAGAGGUUCAUGAAUAAAGUUUCUUCUUUAGUUAGGUAGUUAUGUAAUUCCCUCUCUGGCUGCUUGAUUGAUUCUCUCUCUUUAUUUCUGCAAUUAGAAGUCCCCGUGUGUAGUAUCUUUAUUAAAGUCUCGAAGUGUGGUCGUGUUGGAGGAAUGAUUCUCUCAGAUGGUUGGAAGCUAAGUUGUCACCAGAUGAGACCAUGAGAAACCAAUGAGUAUCCCUAUAGUUCUGAUUGUCUUAAAAAGGCAAUUAUCAAUGUGUUAGGACUUAGCACCUAGGAACUCUGAAGUGGUUGGGUCUUGACUUUUUCCAUGUUGCAGGUGCUUGAAGUGGUAAGUAUUAGAUUAAAUCCUUUUGACACCGCAUGUUAGAAAUUACUAGUGUUGAUUGCUUUUGAGUUGUUGUGCUAAUGCGUUUAUCCUGAAAACCAGCCUAAGUUGCUAGCUUAUCUAUCAAACUGCUGUUGUGUGCUUGAUUGCGGCGUGCAAAAUAGAUCCCAUUACCUUAUGUUCGUUGUUGGUUUUUGCUUAUUAAUAUAUAAUAUGACCUGUCAAGCCACUAAUUCAGAGUUCCUUUGUCAUGUAAGACACAUCAUUAGAACUAUAGAGGUACUUGUUGGUUUCCAUAUCUCUGGUCUCUAUGUCGAAGGGAAGAGAGCCUCCGACGCUGAAGAAUCUCUGUUCGUGAGACUUCGACUUUGCUACCUUUCUGAUACUCUGCACAAUUCUUAUGCGUCUGUAAUAGAUUUUAGAUAAAAACUUUGUUCAUACAUUUCGAAUCAAGCAGCCAGAAAUACUUUUAUAAAGGGAAUGUAAUGUUUAGUUUUG